AUGAUGAAAUUUAUGAUUUUAGUGUUAUACACUCUCAUCGUUGUUAUUGAUUCUUGCUCUAAAAUAGUGAGUAAAAAAUUUUAUAUCACUUCAACUGUCAAUGAAGUGAUUAAAAUUCCACUAAAGUAGCUCUUUAUUGACACAAAUUUUGAUUCCAUAACUAUAACCCCUAAAACAAAUGAGAUUUAAGUUGCUGGUCCUUUAUAAUUGUUGGAAUAGUUUGAUAUUGAUGGAUUGUCAAAUACUUAAACAAUAUCCUUCAAAAUGUAAAAAUCCACAAAAAGUCGAAAUCCAAUCCAUAUGAUGACAAUCUUACGUAAGAGUGAAGAAUAGUAUUAUUUUGGAUUAAAUUCUAAUCUAUACUCUACUAUACCCCUAAUUGAAGUGAUACAACCAACUUUUUAAAAUUAUGAAUUAAAUAUAUUUUUAUAAUUAUUUGUUUUUAUUUAUUUUUAUAUAAUGUAAAAAUGUGAGCCUUAUAAUUAACCUUUUUUAACAGUGAUAGAUAAUUUGCCUUUACAGAAAGAAUUUUAUUUGAAAGAAUUAUUACUAAUCAGUCAAAACCUUUUGUGA